CGCUCGUCGCCUUCGCCCGCGGGGACCCUGCCAGCAAGAGCCGGAGCUGCAGCGAAGUCCGCCAGAUCUACGGGGCCAAGGGCUUCAGCUUGAGCGAGUUGCCCCAGGCGGAGAUCUCGGGCGAGCACCUGCGGAUCUGCCCCCAAGGCUACACCUGCUGCACCAGCGCCAUGGAGGAGAACCUGGCCAACCGCAGCCGCGCGGAGCUGGAGAGCGCGCUCCGGGACCACAGCCGCGCGCUGCAGGCCGUGCUGGCCGCCCAGCUCCGCAGCUUCGAUGACUAUUUCCAGCAGCUGCUGAACGGCUCAGAGCGCGCGCUGCAGGACACCUUCCCGGGCGCCUUUGGAGAGCUGUACACGCAGAAUGCCAGGGCCGUGCGCGACCUCUACUCCGAGCUGCGUCUCUACUACCGCGGCGCCAACCUGCACCUGGAGGAGACGCUGGCUGAGUUCUGGGCGCGCCUGCUCGAGCGCCUCUUCAGACAGCUGCACCCGCAGCUGCUGCUGCCCGAUGACUACCUGGACUGCCUGGGCAAGCAGGCCGAGGCCCUGCGGCCCUUUGGGGAGGCCCCGCGGGAGCUGCGCCUGCGCGCCACCCGUGCCUUUGUGGCCGCACGCUCCUUCACGCAGGGCUUAGGCGUCGCUGGUGACGUGGUCCGGAAGGUGGCCCAGGUGCCCCUGGGUCCCGAGUGCUCGCGGGCUGUCAUGAAGCUGGCCUACUGUGCGCACUGCCUGGGGGUCCCAGGUGCCCGGCCCUGCCCAGAUUACUGCCGGAACGUGCUCAAGGGCUGCCUCGCCAACCAGGCCGACCUGGACGCUGAGUGGAGGAACCUCCUGGACUCCAUGGUGCUCAUCACUGACAAGUUCUGGGGCCCGGCGGGUGCAGAGCGUGUCAUCGGCAGUGUCCACGUGUGGCUGGCAGAAGCCAUCGACGCCCUCCAGGACAACAGGGACACGCUCAUGGCCAAGGUCAUCCAGGGCUGCGGGAACCCCAAGGUCAACCCCCAGGGCCCAGGGCUAGAGGAGAAGCGGCACGGGGGCAAACUGGUGCUGCAGGAGAAGCCAGCCACAGGCACGCUGGAGAGGCUGGUGUCCGAGGCCAAGGCCCAGCUGCGCGACAUCCAGGACUUCUGGGUCAGCCUCCCGGGGACGCUGUGCAAUGAGAAGAUGGCCACAAGCCCUGCCAGUGACGAGCGCUGCUGGAAUGGGAUGGCCAAGGGCCGGUACCUGCCGGAGGUGAUGGGGGAUGGGCUGGCCAGCCAGAUUAACAACCCCGAAGUGGAGGUGGACAUUACCAAGCCCGACAUGACCGUCCGGCAGCAGAUCAUGCAGCUCAAGGUCAUGACCAACCGGCUACGCGGGGCUUAUGGCGGCAACGACGUGGACUUCCAGGAUGCCAGUGACGACGGUAGUGGCUCGGGCAGUGGCGACGGCUGCCCAGAUGACCUCUAGCAGGAAGAACCCUAGCUCUCGGACGACCUUGACCCAUGCCCUCCCCGGCCUAUCAGAGCAGGAGGGGCAGAAGACCUCGGCUGCUAGCUGUCCCAGGUCCCACGCGCUCCUGCUGCUGCUCACCCUGGUCCUCACAGUGGCCGGGCCUCGGUGGCGGUAACUGCCCCCUGACACCAGAGACUGAGGCCAAGGACUUUGCCAAACGUGGAACAGAUAUUUAAUUCCCUUUGGCCUGAAGAGCCCAGGCAACAGGACAGGUGGCUUGCACCACCCCGGGCAGUGGGCCGAGGCCCUGGCCCCCAGGCCGGGCCUUCCCCAACACCCUGGCUUUCAGUGUCACAUGAGGCCCUCUGGCCAGCUGGGAGUCAGUGUCCCCAAAAGCCAUGUUUCAGGGACUCAGGGCGCCCCUGAUGCUACCCCACCCCCCAGCUCCCUGCCUGAGGCCUGCAGAGGCAGCUGCCCUGGGCAGCGUCCCCAGAGACAGCAUGUGCAUCUGUGCCUUCUGCUUCCUGCUGGGGCCCUGCCAGCCGACCCCAGGCCCCCAAGAAGCCUGCACGGGCCGUGGGGUGCCAGCUCCAGGACCCACCAGGGCUAUGACGACAUGGUCUGGGCUCGGGUGCUAACUCCCAGGGCCACAAUCAGGGCCUGCUGUGGGGCGUCCAUGGCUGUCACCUGGCCCCAGGGAAGUUGGGUAGCCGGUGAGACUCCACUCAGGGCCAAUGUGACCUGGUACUGCGGGCCUGAGAGCUUCCAGGCCACUUCCUGACCCAGCCAGUGGGGGGCAGGGCAGGUGUUGACUGUUAAGGGCUGUCUCAGACAUGCACACACUUGUUCAUGGUCCCAGAUAGCUCCGGAGGGACAUGGGGUCCCUCUGGGACCCUGGCACCCUCCAUGGCCUAGAUCCAAGAGUGUAACUCAGGCUGGCAGGGCCGCUCCCCCUGGGUCCUCGCUGCCCUGGGCAGGGGGCUGCUGUCUCAUUAGAAUGUGGCCCUGCCAGGGGACUGAUGCCAAGCUGCUGCGGCCCAGGGGUGGGAGGGUCCUAGCGCCCCCCAGCUCUGAGGAGGCCUUAGUGCUGCUUGCUUUUGUCCCUGAGUGGGCAGGCUUCCCUGACACCUCACUAGACAGGUCCCUGGCAGACCAGGUGUUCCUACCCCCAGCCUGUCCCACAGCCCCACCACAACCCACUCAUGCCAGCUGGCCCCAGGUGGCCUUCCGCAGGCACUUAGUUGGGGCAGGAGCAUUCUGCCUGGCCCUCCUGCACCCAUGCCCAUGCCCAGGCCCCUGGAAGGGGCGGCUCUGCGCAGUCCCAGCUGGGCAGUGGUCAAACCUGCUGUGUUCUUCCUCCAUGAGGCCCCCGCUGGCCUGGGACAGCGAUGUGUUUUGAGUCUGUAUGAAUAAAAAGCUGGAGACCUGCA